CCUCUCGCCAUGCUUCCUGCUCAGGAGGCAGCCAAAAUCUACCACACCAACUAUGUGCGUAACGCCCGAGCCAUGGGGGUGCUCUGGAUCGUUUUCACCAUCACCUUCGCCGUCAUCACUGUGGUGGUGUUCAUCCAGCCCUACUGGAUCGGCGACAGCGUCAACACACCGCAGGCCGGAUACUUCGGCCUCUUCCACUACUGCAUCGGGAACGCGCUCACCUCAGAGCUCACCUGCAAAGGGAGCGCGCUGGACUUUGGCUCCAUCCCGUCCGGCGCCUUCAAGACGGCCAUGUUCUUCGUGGGGAUCUCCAUGCUGCUGGUGGUGGGCAGCAUCGUCUGCCUGAGCCUCUUCUUCUUCUGCAACGCGGGGAGCGUCUACAAGAUCUGUGCCUGGAUGCAGCUGGCUUCCAGUACGUGCAUGGUGAUCGGCUGCAUGAUAUAUCCUGACGGCUGGGACUCAGACGAGGUGAAGCGCAUGUGCGGCCAGCGGACUGACAAGUACACACUGGGCAACUGCACAGUGCGCUGGGCCUACAUCCUGGCCAUCAUCAGCAUCAUGGACUCCCUCAUCCUCUCCUUUUUGGCCUUCAGCCUGGGCAAUAGACAGGACAAGCUGCUGCCUGAAGACUUCCAGGUGGAGGAAAAAGAUAACGCAUAGAGCCCAGUGGACACUGGCAUGAAUGGAUGAGAUUUUAUGAAGAGUGCCACUGACUUCAGAGGAUAUCCCGAGGCUUCGAGUCACUUUGAAGAAAUAAGAGUCCAUCUCUGCCUCAAAAUGAGCUCAUCAGAGUCACUGCCCAUCCUCAUCUCCAAGGCUACAGC